CUAAUUAACAAAAUUUAUUUUUUUUAAUUUUAAAAUGACUGAUUCUAUACAAAAUACUUUAACAAGAAUUUUGGGUGGUCUUCCACCCGAAUCAACGGCUGAAUUAUGUGAUUUUACAAUAGCUCAACAAAAUGAAGUAAUGGAAUCACAAGGAGUAACUCCAAAUGUGAAAUCGGAUUAUAUUCCAAUAUUAGGUGAAUCAGUUACGUAUAUUGUUGCGAGUGUUAUAAUAAAUGAAUUAAAUGAGGUUUUGAUGGUACAAGAAGCAAAAGCUUCAUGUGCUGGUAAAUGGUAUUUACCAGCUGGAAGAAUGAAACCAAAUGAAAGUAUUAUUGAUGGAGCCAAAAGAGAAGUUGAAGAAGAAACAGGUUUAACUGUUGAUUUAACGUCAUUAAUUACAGUGGAAACUGUUCAGGGUACUUGGAUUCGAUUUGUAUUUUCUGGAUAUGUAACUGGUGGUGUAUUAAAGACACCUGACAAAGCUGAUGAGGAGUCUCUUCAAGCUAAAUGGGUUAAAAGUGUCGACUCUUUACAAUUAAGAGCUUCAGACAUUAUUAAUUUAGUAGAAAGAGCAAGGUUUUAUAAAGAGGCUCAAAAACGAUCAGAUCCUACUUGGCAUCCGGAUUUAUUACCAGCAGUUCAAAGCCAUAAACGUAUUUUGUUACGUGUGGUUAUCUGCGCACGUAAGCGGGCAACGAAUAGGCUAAAUUUUGUUAUUAGUGAAUUAGAAUCUAUGCAUUUACCAACAUGUGAAAUAUAUCCUACACGUUCGGUUCACGUUUCAUUAAAAAAAUUUAUGGUUAAUUUAUUUGGCGCAGAAGUACCUCAACAUAGGCCUCAUGGUUUAUUAAAUGUAGAACAUAAUGGUAUCGAAGGUAAUUUUGAUGGUUUUUGUUUAACACUUCUAGUAGCAUUUCGACCACCGGUAGAAGAUGUACCAAUUGUUGCAAAUAAAUGUAUUUGGCAAGAAAUAAAUUCUAAACACUUAGAAGAAUCAUUACUUAGAAAAAUUUCCAACAAAAAUGAAACAAUUCCACUAAAUGUAAUCCGUUAGGUUUGAAAAAAAUAUUAUAAUAAUCACGAAUACAAAAAAAUUGAAUAAACCUGAUUUCGAAUAAAAAUUCAAAUAGAUCUUAUUUAGAAAUGACAGCUUUUAAAACCAAUGAAAUUUGUAUAUUUUCUUCAGUAUACAGAACACACUUUACAGUCAAUCAAGCAAUAUACUGGGUGUUUCAGAGUAAAGAAUGAAAAAACAUGUCUUUUGUUAAAAAACUAGCGGUGAUUAUUCUUCAUCAUAUAACGUUCGCGUGUUAUAUGAUUAUUCACGGAAUUAGUUGAUUAAAUUUUUGUCGCCAAUUGACAAAUAUUCAAUUGAUAAAGUAGUCCAAAAUAAUCUCUAAAUGCAAACUGAGAGUUACGGAGAUUCUUCCAAAUUUUACAAAUUAUUAAUUUCUCUUCAAAUUUUACAAUUAUUACCAUUGAUUGAGAUUUGGAAUGAAAUACUCUUUCAAAUAAAAACAAAGAUUUAAUGAAAUCAUACACAACUUGUAGUAUUUAAUAUUAAAAUUUGAGCGCUUUUUAAUGAAAAGCUAUCUACAAUAAUUCGUUAUCAGUUAUUCAAUUUUCAUUUGUUAAUAAUAAUUAGUAUUAUAUCUGUUUCAAUAAAAUGACAAAAUACAGGGAAUAUUAUAAAUAAUAAGAUAUUGUUCAAUUAUUUUAUAUAUGGGUGUAUGAACAUGGACGUGUGUAAAUCACAUCUGAAAGAUAUUCCAAAGUUUUUUUAAUGAAAUUUUCUUUAAGCUAAGUCCACAUCACAGAAACACGAACGAACAUUUUAUUUUUAAAUAUAUCUAUAACAAAUAACAAUAAUCUUUUAGAAAUAUUCAGCAACAAGUUUCAGGUACAAGAAACAAUUAUAAUAUUCUUCGAUGUUUCUUGCGAUUUGAAUUUAGAUCUAAGAUCUUAAGCCACAUAUAAAAAAUUUGCCAGUGAAUUGAACAUAAUUGCCAUGCUCAUGCAACCUUAAUAGUUGUCGUCCGAAAACGAAAAGGUACUUUAAAGAUAAAAUAUAAAUAUUUUAAUUAAAAAAA